AUGGGUUGGUGGCUUAACAGCGGCGUUUGGACGAUGUCCAUGAUCAUCAUCAUCAUUUCUUCUGUUCAAGCUGACAGUCCCUACCGGUUUCUCGACUGGAGGGUCACAUACGGCAACAUUUAUCCACUUGGCAUUCCUCAAAGGGGAAUCCUAAUAAAUGGACAAUUUCCUGGACCGGAGAUUUACUCAGUCACAAAUGACAAUUUGAUCAUCAAUGUUCACAACGAUCUCGAUGAGCCAUUUCUCUUGUCUUGGAACGGAGUGCAACUGAGGAAGAAUUCAUACCAAGAUGGAGUGUAUGGGACGACUUGUCCAAUCCCACCGGGCAAGAAUUACACUUAUGCCAUCCAAGUCAAAGACCAGAUCGGUAGUUUCUUCUACUUCCCUUCCCUCUCCCUUCACAAAGCCUCCGGUGGUUUUGGCGGCCUCCGUAUCCUCAGCCGCCCUCUCAUCCCCGUCCCUUUCCCUGAACCCGCCGGAGAUUUCACCUUCCUCAUCGGCGAUUGGUACUCUCGCCAUGACCACAAGACUUUGAAAGCGUUUCUGGACAGAGGACACAAGCUACCUUUGCCUGAUGCGAUUUUGAUCAAUGGCCGUGGAGUCAGCUUUUCUUCUUCUCUCACCGUUCAAAAAGGUAAAACGUACAGAUUGAGGAUAUCGAACGUGGGGCUUCAACACUCGCUGAAUUUCAAGAUAAAAGGCCAUCAUAUGAAGCUGGUGGAGGUGGAGGGAACCCACACGGUCCAGUCCAUGUACUCCUCACUCGACAUUCACGUUGGUCAGUCUUACUCUGUCCUCGUCACCAUGGACCAGCCUGAGAAUGACUAUCCCAUUAUCGUCUCCACAAGAUUUGCCGCCAGAGAACUCGUGGUCGGAGCCGCACUCCACUACUCCAACUCAAGGCAGAGCCUCUCCUCUGCUUCUACUGUUGAACACCAACACCAACACCCUGGCGAUGAAGUUGACUGGUCAAUCAAACAAGCCCGCUCCAUUAGGAGCAACCUGACAGCGUCCGGGCCAAGGCCCAAUCCUCAGGGAUCGUACCAUUAUGGUCAGAUCAACAUCUCUAAGACUUUAGUACUGGAGAGCUCAGCGGGACUUGUGAGGAGGAAGCAACGUUACGCCAUAAACGGCGUGUCGUUCGUGCAGGCGGACACUCCGCUGAAGCUGGCGGAUUACUUUAAGAUCGGAGGCGUUUUCAAAGUGGGAAGCAUCCCUGAAAAGCCGACAAGAGGAAGACGAGGGAUUAGGCUGGACACGGCAGUCAUGGGAGCUCACCACAGGGACUUCCUUGAGAUCGUCUUUCAGAACCGCGAGAAGAUCCUCCAGAGUUACCACCUCGAUGGAUACAGCUUCUGGGUUGUCGGGAUAAAUAGAGGAACAUGGUCAGUGGCAAGCAGACGAGAGUAUAACCUCAGGGAUGCUGUUUCUCGCUCCACUACUCAGGUUUAUCCAGAAUCUUGGACAGCCGUAUAUGUGGCAUUGGACAAUGUGGGCAUGUGGAAUCUAAGAAGUGAGUUCUGGGCCAGGCAAUACUUGGGCCAACAAUUUUAUCUCCGAGUUUACUCUCCGGUUCCUUCUCUCCGAGAUGAAUAUCUUUUGCCCAACAAUGUUUUCUUGUGUGGUCGCGCCUCCAACAGACACAUUACUCCUUGA